AUGUCCACUGGGAAAAAUGCACCUGCUACAGAAAAGUUCCGUAGGAAGUCAGGUGGUCUUGGGAGCCGAGGAGCAAAUGAUGAUCUUUCAGAAGAGCAGCUCCAUGCUGAAGUGUGUUACGCUGAGUGUUUACUGCACAGAGCCGCACUCACAUUCUUACAGGAUGAGAAUAUGGUUAGUUUUAUUAAAGGAGGAAUCAAAGUACGUAACAGUUACCUCAUAUACAAGGAGCUGAAUGCCUUUGUCCAAUCAGACACAGCUUUCAAAGGACCAAACCACAAGCACUUAGAGGGCGGAGUCUCUUUUGGGAUUGGGGCUUUCAAUUUGACUCUUUCACUGUUUCCUGCCCGGUUACUCAAGUUGCUAGAGUUUGCUGGCUUUUCUGGAGAUAAGGAAUUUGGCAUCUCUCAGCUGUACACGGGUGCCACCUCUCAUACCCUGCGCUCCAUGCUGUGCGCCCUCCUCCUGCUCUGUUUCUACACGUUCCUCUCCUUUAUUUUAGGUACUGGAGAGGGGGACGUGGAAGAGGCAGAGCGACUAUUGAAGCCAUUUCGACUGCGAUACCCACGUGGAGCGAUUUUCCUCUUCUUUGCAGGUCGAGCUGAAGAAAUAAAGGGCAACAUUGAUGAGGCGGUGGCGCUGUUUGAGGACGGCUGUAAGGCCCAGCAGGCCUGGAAACAGUUUCAUCACAUGUGCUACUGGGAGCUGAUGUGGUGCUUCACCUUUAAGAAGCACUGGAAGAUGGCGUAUUUCUACGCAGACCUGCUCAGCCAGGAGAGCCGCUGGUCUAAGGCCAUGUAUGUGUACAUGAAGGCGGCUUAUCUCAGCAUGCUUCCAGACACAGAAUCCCGGCCGUUCGGGGAUAAUGAAGUGGAUCUCUUUAGACAGGUACCAACAUACAAACAGAAGAUAGCGGGUAAAUCUCCACCCACAGAGAAGUUUGCCAUUCGUAAAGCGAGACGGUACAAAGCUAGCAAUCCAAUCAGACUUCCUGUGCCUGUGCUUGAGAUGAUGUACAUGUGGAAUGGUUUCUCCAUGAUCAGCAAACAGCCUGAGCUGACGGAGGGCAUGAUGGAGACGCUGUUAGAAGCAGAGCGCACACUAAAGGCCGCUCAAGAGAAUGUAUACUCUGUGGACGACACGUGUGUGAUCCUGCUUCUGAAAGGCCUGUGUCUGAAGAACCAAGGCCAGACGCAGACGGCAGAGGACUGUUUCAGACAGGUUUACAGCAGUGAAAAGAAGUUGAAGUUUGAUCAUUACCUGGUCCCUAACGCUCUGCUGGAGAUGAGUCUCCUGUACAUCGACACGGGGAGGAAAGAGCAAGCCAUCCAUCUACUUCAGAAAGCCAAGAAAAACUACAAGGAGUACUCUAUGGAGUCUCGUACGCAGUUCAGGGUCCAUGCGGCCCUCACCAAACUUAAAGCUGACACCAAUGACCAAGAUGAAAUAACAACAUUGUGAGGAAAGAUGAUCCUGAGUCAGUGGACCAGAGCAGAGUUACAUGGUCACUUCACGGGGAGAACGAAAGGCCAAAGACACAGUGUGGUUUAUAUGCAGUGGUACUGCCCAGUGUUAACCCGUCUCAUUUUUUGGGCCGUAUUAUGGGAAACACUAAAAACUUCAUCUGUACAUUCUCCUCCAGGAGGUCAGGUGCCAAAUCGAUGUUUAUUUUAGUCAGAUAAAAAAAUAGAUGGAUAUUUGAAAUGUAAACCAGGGUUUAAGCUCCUUUGUGUUAAAAUGUAUUAAAACGUACAUUUUAGGAAGCAUGAGAAAUCAAGUUAAUAUUAAGUCCUGUACAGGUUUAAUAAGGGAAAAUGACUAGAAAACUGACAGUGUUUACAUAGAUUUAGACACCAUUUUACACUUAGUUGUAAUGAUGAUUAAACAUGUUGAUUAUUGUAAGGCUGAGUGUGG